AUGUCUUAUCCCGGAAAUGAGGGAUCUCAAGAUCCUUGGGGGGCAUCUGCCGCAUCUCCAUUUGGAAGUGCUCCUUCAUAUUCCUUCGGAGAACAAUCUAUUUAUCCUGCUGAAGAUCCGGUAGCAGGGUCUCCUUCAUGGCAAGCUCCGUUGACUCCAUCGUAUGCGGAGCCUGCACCAGCUUACGCUCUUCCACCUGUUGCGCCGCAAGCUACUUCUCUUCGGGAUCCAAAACCAAUUAAGCCUGUCCUUAAGCCGAAAAAAAGAAGACGGGAAAGGGAACAUAGGUCCAAUGAUCACGAUGAUGACGACGAGUGGUGCUGUCAUCCUUUUCUUAUUGUUAUGUGCAUGGGCUUCACUUUCCUUGGCAGCACGAUUAUCUACGGAGUAACAACUGCUAAUGACUAUGUCCCACCUCAACUUGGCGAUUGCGUUCCUGCAUAUGAUGGAUAUGAUUACGACUACGGGGGACCCCCUAAUUACUAUGGAGGCUACGGUGGAUCACCCUCUUAUUAUGACUCUGGCUAUACUAGCUACUACCUAAACAAUGUUCCUUUUGACUUUGCUACAAGUCUAACUAACCAGAGCUCAUUGGAUUCCCAGACUGUUGGACUUUGCGAUGGAGAUUACGAAUACUCUGUGUCAACAAGUGGAACCUUUCAGUCUCCAAAUUAUCCAAACAACUACGGCCCAUGUUCUCGAUGCACAAAUAGAUUUGCUUCUUCUUCUGAUGGUAUAACUUUUGACUUGAUUGCUUUUCAACUGGAAGCGUGUUGCGACGCCCUCGUGUUUCGAAAUGAGUAUGGAGCAGAAUUUAUGUUGACAGGACACAAACAGACGCAAACUCGAUUUUCGUUCGAAAGCGCAUUCGUUGAUGUUUAUUUUCAUUCCGAUUCGAGCCGGUCGAGAAGUGGCUUUUCCAUCGACGUUUUUGAUGGAUACGAAUCAAACAACGAUAUCAACAGCGUUUAUCCAAGCCUCAAGUUUACCGGAGAAAUUCCGAAGAAAAAAAUUCACCGAAAUUAA